GGAUGCGAGAUUAAUUUUAACAGCCUCACUUUUUUUGUUUUUUUAAGUAGUUAUUUUAUCAUAUGCGCCUACAUUCGUGCGCAUUGUAUUAAUGUUACCUUUCGAGCAUGGCUGCAGAGUUUUUAGUAAUGUUGUAUGAGUAUUCUCCUCUCUUUUACAUUACUGUCAUAUCUGUAUGUUUCAUCAUCACUGUGGCUGUAGUACUGGGCUGGUUUGGAUUCGAUGUACCGGUCCUUUUGCGUAGCUCUGAUGAGACCGAGUCUUUCACACCUGUUCCUGAGAGGAAGAUGGUGCAGGUGACCAAUCCCUUCACUUUGGAUAUGGGCUCUACGGCAGGGACAGUCAUUGAUGGUGUGAACUUGCGGCCGUAUUGCCUUGAAGACUGCGUCCUCAGCUGUUUCUGGGGUUGUGGGGUUCAGGCUCUCCAGGCGACCCUUCAGAGUCACCAGCGAGGCCCCAGACUCAGCACCCCAGAGCUGUUUCAAGCUGCUAUGGAUUUCAAAUACCACCACUGCCAAAGCUUCAAAAUACAGAAAGAGGAAAGAGAGGAAUGCUUCACUCAGAUGCCUUCAGAUCUCGGGGUGAGCGAUUUUGGGUUGCUGCCCCGGGAUCGAUACCCCAUAGUGGCUGUGUUGACACUGGCCAAUCCGGAAACAAGGGACAGCUACAAUAUUGUGGCUAGUGUGACUGUGCUCCAUGUACCUGACGAUAAAUACAGACUCUCUGCGAGAACCUUGUUCCAGUAUCUUCUCACAGCACAUGGAAACCUUUAUGAUUUAAAGCCUCUUUUCAUGUCAGCUGACAACAGCAAUGUGUCUGGAACCACAGAGCCUUUAACCAGCACACAAGGGGCGGGGCCACAAACUGAGGGUCUAAAUGAAAAUAGGGAGGAGUCCGAAUCAGAAAGGGAGUGCCCAGAUACUCAAGGCAGGGACUGUGUGGUGUGUCAAAAUGCACCAAUAAACAGGGUUCUGUUGCCAUGCCGACAUGCAUGUGUAUGCGAUGGCUGCAUGCACCGCUUUCAGCACUGUCCGAUCUGCCGAGCUUAUGUACUUGAAUCUUUUGCUCUGUCUAACAGAGCAUCUCACAAUGAAGAAGAGGACUUAAUGGAGGAUUAAAUCUGUCUGAACCAAGUAUUAUGAGCAAUUCCUUGCUGGACUAAACACAAAAGAGACAGUGCAUCUAUUAGGUUGAGACGCAAGCCGCUUCCCUUCAACUAUUUAUGGACAUUUGUUAUUGUUGUAUUAAGAAGUAAUUUUAGGUUUUUGAAAUUGAGUGAGCUUGUGAAAUGUGUUUAAGAUUUUAUAUGUUUAUUGAAUAGAAUAAUAAUUUUUUCAAUAUACUGGUAAAACUAACAAAUACAAGUUUCAAAAUGGGUUCAUUGUGGAAUUCUCACAUAAGGUCUAAAAGAAGGGAUAUCGCCAUCAGGGCCGGUACUAGGAUUGCUUGUUUCUUUGACAGAUGGGGGUAGGGGGCCCCCCUCGAUCGUUUAGCCAUCUAUCUAGAACUGAGAGGGCACAAGGAAAAUCCAGCUUGGACUCCAGCUUUUUUUGAAUCUGCCACCUUCCUCACAGCCUUCACGAAAUCCUCCGGAGUCACAUACUCAUGAUCGGCACGGAUGGCAAACAUACCUGUCAGAUCAAAUGGAAAAGAUGGUCAUACACUGGCUAAACUCCUUAGUAGGGGUUGAAAGAUAUAUCGGUUUUAACCGUUAAUCGGUGCCGAUAGUUUCUUUUUUUUUUAUUCCUUACAUUUCCCUUGUGGCUAAAACCCUUCAUCUGAUGACUAUAUAAGUUAAAUGUUAUGAAUAUUGACAUAUAGAGGUUUUUAAUAGAGUCAAGACUCCAUCACCAUCAUGGUUUAUGGACCGAAUCGCAUAUAUUAAUACAAAAUGUUUUUUUUUUUAGAAAAAGACACAUAUGAAGCAUAGACAUUAUUGAAUGUUUAUUUAUUGUUAAGUUCAGGUUGAUUUUGGCUGACUAUAGCUAUUUUCCAUUCAUGUAGCAAAUUGAAUUGACUUAAUAUCACAAAAACUGUGUGUGAAUAAAGAAGAAAAUCCAGACAAUUUGUAGCAACAGUGACUCGUUUAUUAAUGAAAUAC